CGGACCCAGGCGUCCGGCUGAGGCAGGCAGGCAAGCGAGCGCCCCGUCGGACAAAGCCCAGCUGCGCUACGAUGGGAUCUAGGCGGGAGGCGCCGCGACUUUGUCCCGCUUGCGGGGUGCCGGUAUGGAGGGGCUCCUGGCAGGCAGCGCUGCUCGCAGCCUCCAUCCUCAGUUCUUGCUUCCUGUUGAAUCAAGCCCAGAGUGGGAGCUCAACGGAAAUCUCUGUCACAUGGAAACCACUCGAACCAAUACAAGGACAGAAUGUGACCCUGACGCCCGGAGAAGGCUUGGAAAACAUUGUCUUUUGCAACUGGUACCGAGCGACGACAACUGAUUUGGAAAAGCGGAUCUUUGUCUAUUACCUACCUCCCAGUCCUCUAGGGCAGAUUAAUGGAGCUGCCUACACUGGGCGGGAGACAGGGAGCCCGGACUGCUCCCUUCACAUCAGGAAUUUGACAUCAGCUGACACUGGAAACUAUACAGUAACAAAAGAAGGAGCUGCAAUUAUGAUAGGACAUGCAAACAUAGUGGUCUCAGAAUCUGUCACUAACAUCGCCAUCUGGGGACCCAGUACAACCUUCGAGAACAACAUCACUGUUCUGUACUGCAACUCCUCAGGCAGCAAUGUUUCCUACUAUUGGUUAAAAGGGGACCAGAGCCUGGAGGUUGGAGAGCACAUCUCUCUGAACAACAACAAUCAGACCCUCACGCUCAACACAACAAGGAGGAAUGACUCGGGUGACUACACCUGCUAUGGAAACAACAGCUUCUCUAGCGGAAAUACCACCCACUCAUUGACUGUUUUCUAUGGGCCUGAUGUUCCUGUAAUCAGCCCCAAUACACAAUAUUAUGGAACGGGCUCCAACCUUACUCUCUCCUGCGAAGCUGACUCCCUACCACCUGCACAAUACACUUGGAACGAAACCAAGGCUGGAAACACCUUCCAGCUCUCGAACCUGUCUUUAGACGACAGUGGGAAUUAUACCUGCAAGGCUUACAACAACGAGACCGAUUCAGCCCAAUCUGCAAGCCUGGAGAUCUGGGUAUUGGAAAUACUCUCCAAACCAAUUCUAACGCCUGACAAAAACAGGACAGUAGAAAACGAGACUGUCAUCUUGCAGUGUAAAACUUCCAGCAACCCCAAGGUCAACGUCUCCUGGUUCAAGGAUGGUAAACCUGUCCCAGAUACAGCAGAACUAUCUGAUAUGAACCGAACCCUCACACUACUUAACAUCACCAAAGAUGAUGCAGGAGACUAUACAUGUGUGGCCAGCAACCCUGUCUCCAGCGAAUCAAGUAACCCAGCUAACAUAGUUGUGGCAUAUGGGCCUUAUGAUGUUCAUCUGAAUCAACCAGGAACCUUAACAGUGAACCUCGGUUCCAAUUUGGAUCUGCUGUGUAUUGCGGACUCCUUCCCUCUGCAUUUUCAGUGGUUUUUCAAUAAUACUGAUCAGAAAGUGGCAAACGAUACCUUCAGUGUUCCCUUGACAGCCUGGGAAGAUCAAGGGAAUUACACCUGCCAGGCUUACAACUCCGACACCAAUCGCGCUGGUUCAGCCUCUGUCAUUGUGAAGUUGACGGAAAAUACACCAGGAACGAAUAAUGGUCUCUCUGGUGGAGCCAUUGCUGGGAUUGUCAUAGGCUGUGUGGCCGGAGUAGUGCUCAUUUCAGGUCUAGUGUAUUUCCUGUGUGCCAAGACUUCCUUGGGGAGGACGGAGCAACACGUAUCCAAUGGAAACAUACCCUCUGCACCCGGCCACAACCAGGGAGUCACUGACACCAAGCCCAGAUCGGGUGAAGAGGACAUACAAUAUUCAACACUAGCUUUCAAGGCCAACAACCCUCCUCAGCCAGCCCCAGGGCCCACCCAUCCCUUGGAAGGCAAUAUAAUUUACUCGGAAAUCAGAAAGAAAUGAUCGAUAAAUCCCCCCUAUGGAUUCUGGAGCGCAUGACCCCCUACGCCUCAUCUCUGCUUCCCUUGUCUGGAUUCCUGUGAGGCAGGCACAUUGGGCGGGGGGGGGGGAGAAACCCCUGCUGCCUCUUCCGAAGAGAAGGGAGAAAACCCCUUCUUCGCACAAUCGGAUCUCCUCUCAGAUUCCACCCAACCCCUGUAAGAGGAAAACAAAUAACAAACGUUUCUUUCCAUGCUCUGUCGCUCAGUAUAACAAACGGGUUAGCAACAGAACCCAGUGAUCGGGGGCCGGCCUUCAGUUCACCCGGCUGUGACUUGCGUUUGUGCCAAGGGAGACCGUUUCAUCCUCAGAACUGGGUGGGGGAACGCUACCGACAGUCUGUCUUUCUUCCUUUCUUUCUUUCCUUCCUCCCCGCCCCCUCACUCUUGUUGCAAUCCUCCUGGUUUGGGGUUUGGUGUCACCAGAUAGCUGUGGUUCCUACCCCCUCAGGCCUUCCCCGGGCUAUCGCAAGCCCCCACUUGGGGAAACUGAAUUCCUGCCACCAGGGAGAAUGCAAAGAAAGCACUUCACCCUGUGGAAGAGCGUAUGGUCAUGCCUUCUGUGUUCGCAAAGGCCUGAACACCAACUGACUUUCACCCUCCUGUCUGGCUUCUGGCUUCAGCUGUACAGAAGGCUUAUUUGGAGCCUGGAUGUCUGGAGUUCUUGCGUGCCCUUUCCGGCUCAGCUGCCCUUUUUGCAUCAAUGGAUUUGCCCAGUGGGUUUGCAGGUGGGCUCCAUCGCUCAGGGUUUGUGUGUGUGUGUGUGUGUGUGUGAUUUGUGGCAGCAAAGAGCCACCCAAACGAUUGUCCCUUCUGCUCGCUAAGACAUUAUUCCCCACUUUCUCCAGAUUAGCAGACACAAUCCAGUCCACAGCCAGACUAAGGAAGCAAACAGGAGCAACGCAGAGCAGAUGGAGUUGGAUGCAAGAGAGGCUGCAGGAGAUGGUAGCAUGGAGGGGGUGUUUUAUAGGUUAUUCUCCCAGGUUUUCUAGCUAAGCGGUGUCCAGUGGUUGGAAAGAGAAGAGAGCAUGGCCAAACAGAGAACUAUGGCUACAGGGUUCCAAUUCCACCAGCUCUGGGAGGAAGAGAAUGGUUGUUGUCAUCUUGUCCCAUUGGAAGCCACAGAGCUGGUAGACAGAGUGCCCACAUGAAAAAGCUCAGCUGGGAUGCUCACUGAGCAGUCUCGGCCAAGCCGCUGUCCCUCAAAGUAACCUCCCGCCUUUGCAGGGUUGCUGUGAGGCCUCACUGAGAUAUUGCCUUGAGACUGGGGGGGUGGCGGGGGAGAGGUGCGAUUAAACUAAAUUAAUUGCAGGUGUAGAAUCAGGGUACAUGUUGGAGUCAGAAUUCUAGAUUCACUUACUCCCACGCUGCAGAAGAAUGCUUCAGCCCGUCGGACGGAAUGACUGUUUUGCAAACUGCAAUGAAGUGUGGAGAAGGAGAGUGUUUGCCGAUAAGUGUUUUGCAUUGGAAAUCAGGAAUGGCUCUGCAGCCAGCCAGUUUCGACCGAAUGGGGCAAAUUUGCCAAACCCAGUUGUUCGUGUGACCUCCAAAUCUAGAGCUUGUGAGAUCUCUGGUUGGGGGGGGGGUGAUGUUUCUCAUGGCCACGGCUCACUUUUGUAGAAGCACGCUUGGUCAUUUCGCGGUCCCCAGCUCUGUCCAAGCUUUCUCAUCUUUGACAGAGAGUCGGUGUUGCCUCCGUGGCGUGAUAGCAUCUCGUACAUUCUGGGCCUUGCUAAUCGACGGGUGUGGCUGGAAGACGGCAUGUAUUCACGCUAAGCUUCGGAACAGAAGGACAAUGGAACAGUGUUUGCAACAAGCGUCGCACUCAUGGCCGCAGCACCAAAGUUUAACCCCUUCAGCUUCCUCCCACUUGAAAGAGGCCUGUCGAUCUAAAGAAACCCGGCUGGCCGGUUGGCCGUGUGAUUUCGAAGGGGGAAAGCACAAGAUGAGAAAUGAGACACAAGCUGUGGUGACUGUGAAAAUUGGGGCUGUUUCUUCGGUGUUCGUAUAAUGAGCCUCUUUGUUUUUAAUUAAAAAAAAUGAGAA